UUGAAAUAUGUCGUCUGUGUUUGUGGUCAGUGAAGAGUCCAAACGAUAUAUCAAAAAUUUUCUUGGCACAAACGACAAAAACGUCAAACGAGAUAUUGAGAUAAUCAAAAUUUGGAUUCGGCAGCAAAGCCACUUGCCAGAAAUCGAAGUUUUUCCAGAUGAAUUUUUGGAAAGAGUUCUACUGCAAUGUAAAUUUAGAAUCGAGGAAUCAAAAUCGAAAAUUGAAAAUUAUUGCACGUUAAGGGCAGCUUUUCCUGAAUUGUAUCAGAACUAUGAAAAUGUAGUUUCUUCGAACAUGUCUAUAAGUUGGAUCCAUAUGCCAAAUAUGUUACCAAAUUACGAAAGGUUGCUUAUAAUGAGAAUGGAGAAUCCGAAUCCAGAACAGUUCGUUUAUUUGGAUUCGAAUAAGUGUGCACUUGUAACGCAAGAACUUUUUCUCCGAUACGAUUAUAAUAUUGGAAUCAGAGCUAUUUUAGAUUUAGGUGGAUUCACUAUGAAUCACGUUAAAAGAAUCAAUAUCAAUGACUUUAUUAAAGCCGUCAAAUUGUAUAUGGGAGCAUAUUCAGGAAGAGUUCGAGGAAUUCAUGUGGUUAACUAUCCAGUAUAUUUUGGGAUUUUACUAAAAACAUUCAAGGCGUUGAUAAAACCAGAUGAGAGAGAAAAGAUAUCCUUCCACGAUACUAUUGAGGACAUCUUCAAAUUAGUGCCUCAAAAGUAUUGGCCAAAGGAAUAUGGUGGUGAAGUUGGAACUAUUGCAGAAUUGAGGAAAAACAUGGAUAAUGACAUAAGAAACAACAUUGAUUAUUUACAAAUGUGUGGUAAGAGAAUUUGUAAAGAGCAAAAGCGCAUUGUGGAGGUGCGGAAAAGUGAAAUGUUCGGCGAAUACGGUACAUUCAAAAACUUGAACCUAGACUAAAUAAUAGAUAUAAUAUAUAGAUAAUGAAUUGUAAGUAACAAAUACAGUAAUUGUUUUAAACUUGUAAUCUGGUGUAUAAAUUAGAAAUAAAUUUGAAUAUGA